AUGGAGAGUACUUGCAACAACUGCCAUGGGGAGUAUUGGCAACAAGGCAAACGUGUGUACAUGUGCGAGACGAGAAGCAUUCGUAGGUCGCAAAUGUGCCAACGCGGCGGCCUAGCUCGGAACCACAACGGGUGGGGCUUUUUGGGCGAUGAGCAAAAUGCUAACGCCGAUGCCGGGGUGUCAGUCGCUGGAGACAGGUGGGGAAAAGGAGAAGACAGAGAUGAGAAUGUCUCACAGAACACCAUUCCCAUCAGCAUUCCAUUUCCAUGCGGUGCACGCAGGGCCGCCGUCUUGGGAUCGAACCAGUGCGGCCCGAACAAGAUCCUGAACAAACGACAUGCGCACACCAUGGCGUCACGCCCUUCCUGCUGGUGCAACCCGACGUUCUCAGCUGGGUCGGUUCGUCGGAAGCCUCACCAACAGAGGGACACCCCUCCCCCCCUCCCCUGCACGUCCCGAGGUGCCAUUCCCAGCCCCCACGACCCAAAGCAACCCAGAUCAAGAGAGUCUGUCAAUGGCAGUCCCCCGGCCUGCACGCACCGAAGCAGCACCCACCUCCACCAAGCCGGCUUCAUUGGCCGCGUGCCAGCGUGCGGGCACCACUGGCAGGGUUCUCAGGCCUCUGUACCUCAUCGGAGCUUCCACCGAGUGCUGGGCGUCAUGGAAUUGAUGGAAUAUGGCAAGUGA